AUGGCACCUCCAGCGGCGUGCGUGGCAGGCUGUGGCAACGCUCACAAGGUGGAACGCAUGGCAGGCGGAAGGGGCAUUGCACCUUCAGCGGCGUGCAUGGCGGGUGGUGGCGACACUCCCAAGGUGGCACGCGUGGCGGGCAGAAGGGGCAUGGCACCUCCAGCAGUGUGCAUGGCAGGCUGUGGUGAUGCUCACAAGGUGGCACGCGUGGCGGGCAGAAGUGGCAUGGCACCUCCAGCGGCAUGCGUGGCGGGCUGCGGCGAUGCUUCAAGGUGGCAAGUGUGGCGGGUAGAAGCGGCAUGCCACGUGCAGCGGCCUGCAUGGCAGGCGGCGGCAUCGCUCCCAGGGUGCCACCUUCAGUGGCGCAAGCGGCGGGUUGCGGCGACGUUUCCCAAGGUGUCACACGUGGCGGGCGGAAGCGACAUGGCACCUUCAGUGGCGCGCGUGGCAGGCGGCAGCAUCGCUCCCAAGGUGGCACGCGUGGCGGGCGGAAGCAGUGUGGCACCUCCAGCGGCGUUUGUGGUGGGCUGCGGCGAUGCUCCCAAGGUAGCAUGCGUGGCGGGCGGAAGCGGUGUGGCGCCUGCAGCGGCGUGCAUGGCAAGCGGCGGUGUCGCUCCCAAGGUUGCACGCAUGGCGGGCGGAAGCAGCGUUGCACCUUCAGUGGCGCACGCUGUGGGCUGCGGGAACAUUUCCCAAGGCAGCAGAGUCGCUCCCAAGGUGGUAUGUGUGGCGGGCGGAAGUGGCAUGGCACCUACAGUGGCGCGCAUGGCAGGUGGCGGCAUCGCUCCCAAGGUGGCACGCGUGGCGGGCGGAAGCGGCGUGGCACCUUCAGCGGUGCGUGUGGCAGGCGGCGGAGUCGCUCCCAAGGUGGUAUGCGUGGUGGGCGGAAGGGGCAUGGCACCUCCAGCAGCGUGCAUGGUGGGCUACGGCGACGCUCCCAAGAUGGCGGCGUCGCUCCCAUGGUGGCACGUGUGGCGGGCGGAAGGGGCGUGGUACCUCCAGCAGCAUGCAUGGCGUGCGUAG